UGCCAGGGCCGUGUUUGAAGAUGUCCGGCCUGAACAUUUCACGUUGAUUCAAUCAGAAACCUCUGUACCGAGUUUAUCUUAUCCGGGAUGAAUGUUUAAUAGCGCGUUGUUUACUUCGGAUGAGCUUUUCGAGUUCGAUCGCACGAUUUCAAUCCGGUUGAAGCGUCUCGAAGGCAGCCUUGUUCUGAACUCUCACACUGUAAGCCGCCUAGACGCCACUGAGUUGUACCCUCUGGGAUCCGGCUACGUCCCUGAAAUCGACAGUGUCCAUGAUAUAUCAGUUGGCACAAAGAGGGGAUCGGACGAACUCUUUUCUUCCUGCAUAUCCAACGGACCCUAUAUCAUGAACUCAGCCAAUGGCAACGACAGCAAAAAAUUCAAAGGUGAUGUCCGCAGUCCUGGUGUCCCGUCACGUGUGGUUCAUGUACGCAAGCUGCCCAACGACAUCAACGAGGCUGAGGUUAUAAGCCUGGGACUGCCGUUUGGGAAGGUCACUAAUCUGCUGAUGUUGAAAGGGAAAAAUCAGGCCUUCUUGGAACUGAACAGUGAGGAGUGUGCACAGACCAUGGUGAGCUACUACUCCUCUGUCACCCCCGUCAUCAGAAACCACCCCAUUUACAUGCAGUACUCGACUCACAAAGAGCUCAAGACGGACAACUCCCCUAACCAAGUGCGUGCUCAGGCAGCUCUGCAGGCAGUUAAUGCCCUGCAUGGAGGAGGAAUGGGAAGCGUGGCCAUUUCUUCAGAUCCUAGUAGCAUGGCAGGAGCAGGGGCCCAAAGUCCCGUACUCAGAGUCAUCGUGGAAAACCUGUUCUACCCCGUCACCCUGGAUGUUCUACACCAGAUCUUUUCAAAGUUUGGGACAGUGCUCAAAAUCAUCACUUUCACCAAGAACAACCAGUUUCAGGCUUUGAUCCAGUAUGCUGACGCCAUGACUGCUCAACACGCUAAACUGUCUCUAGAUAGCCAAAACAUCUACAACGCUUGCUGUACCCUGAGAAUCAGCUUCUCUAAGCUCACCAGCCUCAAUGUGAAGUACAACAACGACAAGAGCAGAGACUACACCCGCCCAGAUCUCCCCACUGCAGACUCCCAGCCCUCCAUCGAUCCUCAGGCCAUGGCAGCUGCCGCCUUCACUGCACCAGGGAUAAUUUCAGCCUCCCCCUUUGGUGGAGCUCAUGCCUUCCCUCCAGCUUUUACUAUUCAGCAGGCUGCAGGUCUGUCAGUGCCUGGUAUUCCCAGUGCCUUAGCGUCCCUGGGUGUGGGUCAUAGCGGCAUGGCGGCUGCAGCAGCAGCAGCUAGCCGGCUUGGCCUGUCAGGGCUUGCUGCCACUGGGGGACACAAUGUGUUGUUGGUCAGCAACCUGAACCCUGAGAGCGUUACGCCACACUGCCUCUUUAUUCUUUUCGGUGUGUAUGGGGAUGUGAUGAGAGUGAAGAUCUUGUUCAAUAAAAAGGAGAAUGCUCUUGUCCAGAUGUCUGAUGGCACACAGGCUCAGCUCGCCAUGAGUCACCUGAAUGGCCAGCGUCUCCAUGGCAGGGCCAUGCGUGUUACGUUGUCGAAACACACAACAGUCCAGCUGCCCAGAGAAGGCCACGAGGACCAGGGCCUCACCAAGGAUUUCAGCAACUCACCACUGCAUCGUUUUAAGAAACCUGGCUCCAAGAAUUACUCAAACAUCUUCCCACCUUCUGCAACACUCCACCUCUCCAACAUACCGCCGUCUGUGGUGGAGGAUGAUCUGAAGAGACUGUUUGUAAGCUCAGGAGCCACAGUCAAAGCUUUCAAGUUCUUUCAGAAAGACCGCAAGAUGGCCCUGAUCCAGAUGGGCUCAGUCGAGGAGGCAAUUGAGUGCCUGAUUGAGUUCCACAACCACGAUCUGGGGGAGAACCAUCACCUUCGAGUGUCCUUCUCAAAAUCCACCAUCUGAGUGCCUUUUCCUUCCACCCUCCAAGCUCGCUGCCAUCUGAACGCUACUUUUCUCAAGGUUGCCUUCAGUGGAAACGGCCUUCAAAACAUGAUUAUAGUAGCAUUGUUUGUUUAAAUGUUUCUUUUUUUUUUUUUUUGUCCUUUGAGAAUGUUGCUCAUUUAUUCCCUUCUACUAGUCAUCUUAAUUAGGUUUGGUUAGCAGGUACAUUUUCGUUACUUCUUCCUGUUCCAAAGACACCAAUAUGUCUUUGAAAAUCUAGAUUUUGCCUUUGGUUUUUGCUGUAUUUGAUAUCAAAGACGACAUAUUUCUAAUUGGAAAACACAAGUGUUAACAUUCCUUUUUUGUUGUGCACAGAUUGGCUGCCGUUUUCUCUGUUUAGGUAGACAUGUUUACAUUCAUAUAGUUUUAAGUGUAAAACCCUGUUAUACUUCUCGAAGUUCAUUUUAAAAAAGGGGGUUGGAGCUGCUACAGUGUGUCUUAAGUUUGUUUUUAUAGCGUGAUUCCACCAAGAAUUGAUAAGUCCUGCGCAGCAUCAGCUGUUAAACUCAAUAUAAACAAACUUGUUUCAGGAAUCGGCAAACAAUAACAAUAAUUUGUUUCUGAAGGAAGAAAUGCAGCCAGACCCAUUUGUCGCUUUGUUCUGACCAAAGGUUCUGAGGGAUUCUGAUAAAUGAGCAACAUUCUGCAGAGAAGCAUGUUAUCUUGGAGGUAAAGUAGAGGCAGCAGAUAAACUGUCCCGUAGACCAAAUCGCUUUAAAACACCGGCCCGCUCCAAAUGUAGCUGGAGAAAUUGUAACCGCUCCAAACACACGUGAGCAUUCCUUUAACUGUUGUAGGUGUUUGGAAAUAAUUUAGUUUUUUUUUUUUCCUUUUAGUUUUGAAAAGCCACUUUGAUCCUGUUUGGCCAGUCAGAAACGGUUACAGAUGAAGAAUUUAAGUUUGGGCUCAGAGUUUCUCCCCUCCCUUCUGGGAAUUCAUACCACUAUAAGAAGUUAUUCAAUAUGGAAAUGUUUUGCUGUUGUCUACAGUCUUGUGCCUUACUUCACCUCAGCCAGAUUCCUCUAUUUUGAUUAGAAAUGACACGUUUCACACCUUACCAGCAUUUUUUAAUUUAACAGGAGAGAGAGUGCUUCAUUCAGCCUUUAUUUUUUCUUUUUCUUUAAAGUUUUUGUAUGCAUAUAGCCACAUGUAUUUAGAAAUUGCGAAUGUAAGUCAGUUAGUAGCUUUGUUUUCUAGGUAACGUAGCUCUGUUAGGUGUGUUGUUGCUGAUGUAGAGCUGGAAUCAGCCUUCCAGUCUUACAGCCCCUCGUCAGUCAGUCAGUCCUGUUGGGACGGCCCCUUUGUGGCCUCAUUUAGCAAGAAUAUUUUCAUAUUUAUAUGUUUAAAACCAUAUAUUCAUAUAUCUUUUUUUUUUUUUUUUUUUUUUUUGCAAUAUAAGGAUUUACAUGUGCUAAAACCUAACGGACAUACUUGUUGUGGCUAAGUUUAAUGGCAGUGCCUUGAGCUGAGUUUUUAUUCUGAUGCUGAAACAAGCUAGGUCAGUUGACUUUGUUUACCCCUCUUUCAGGUGUUUUUUAUCUUACCUGUCCACAAAUGCCUUUAUACCAUUAUAUUCAGGUCGUCCCACCUGGAAGAGGGCAGCUUAAAGGCAUUUUCCACAUGAUGGCUACAACAGUGUGGGGCUGUGUUUAAAAACUCAGUAUAAUUGUUUUUAUUCCUCAUGAAAUCAGAUGUGCAGGGUGUAGUAUCCCUCGUUCAUUCCCUGCCUGUGUUCACAGUCAGUCAGUGCACUUUUCCUUAAUGUUAAGUCCAAGGUGGCACCACCAUCACACAAGUCUUACACUUUGUCACAUUCCUGAGUGCCUCAAGCACCAGUUUUCCUCAAGCCGGACCACUGGUAGAUGUGCUCCGUUUCUAUUUUUGUAAACGAUUCUUAUGCAGGACUCGACAAACUCUUCAUGUAGCUGCAGACGGUUUUUGCUGUUAAGGACCAAAGUGCGUUCUCCCCCUGCUGUUUAUGUAUUAAGAUUUAAGUUUUUUUUUUUCUUUCUUUGGUGUUCUACAAAAACACAAUUUAAAUUUCUAUUCUUCGAAUGCCUUGGACACAUCAUAUUCGUUAUAAUGAUUUAGACUGUAUAUUGUAUCCCUUUUAUGUCUUAUUUUACAGAAGCUACAUUGGUAGAGGUUGCUUUAGAGCAGAUCUGUAACUGAACACAGUCCUAGCUGUGAUGAAGAUGUGUAGAAGAUUAUAUGCCUUUUGAUUUUGUUUAAAGCUUUUUAUGUUUCUUCUUUUUUAUAUGGGGUGGGGUGGGGGUUAUUGUAUGAGGCAGGGUUGAUGAAUGUAUAUAUUCCUGGUUUUUGUACCACAGAAUAACUUGGAUUAUAUUCACUUUAAGUUCAGAACAUGUAUAUUUUGAUAAACAGAACAGACAUAUUAGGCUCUCCCGAGCUGUAAAACACAAAGAAAAAAAAUCUUUUGUAACACAAAGACAUUAAAUUGAUCUAAACACAGAAGUGUGUCUGUAUGUGCACCCCACCCCUACUUUACCAUUCUUAUCUUGUCUUUUGCAUCUCCUGCUGCCUUCAAUAAACCUUUAGUUUGUUCCUUCUUCCA